AUGUAUCAGGAAAAAGAUAAAGUAGAUAUUCCAACAGUAGAUGAUAUUAUUUUACCACCACCAUAUAUUGUUAGAAUAUUAUUUUUAUAUGGUAGAUCAAAUUGUCUGUUAAAGCUUUCUAAUUUGGAGUCACAAAGAAUUUUAGAAUCAUCACCUUACGUAUUUUUUGAUUCAUUAUAUAUUCAUGAACCAUUAGCUGAAGAUAAUUCAUGUGAGGAGAUUUUCCACAGUUUAUGUAACUUGGACAAAAAAGGGCAAUCAUACAUAUUCGAAGUCUCAAAAAAUCAAACCAAACUGUAUGUGUACAUGGCACAACUAUUAGCACAUCCAUUGCAGCGUGUAUCCCAGCAAUCAACAGCCUAUAAACUUCGUCCUUUAACACCUGAUCUGGUUGAAAAGGCAGUUGCAAACUUACCAGCAACGUGA